GCAAGCAAAGGUCGGACUACGAUUGUGGUAGCACACCGACUUUCCACUAUUCAAAAUGCAGAUCUGAUUGUGACCAUAAAAGACGGGAUGAAAAGUCUUCCUGAAGUUUCUCUAUUAAAAAUUUUUAAAUUAAACAAGCCUGAAUGGCCUUCUGUGGUUCUGGGGACAAUGGCUUCUGUUCUAAAUGGAACUGUUCAUCCAAUAUUUUCGAUCAUCUUUGCAAAAAUCAUAACUAUGUUUGAAAAUGAUGAUAAAACCAUGUUAAAGCAUGAUGCAGAUAUUUAUUCCAUGAUAUUUGUCAUUUUGGGUGUUAUUUGCUUUGUCAGUUAUUUCAUUCAGGGAUUUUUUUAUGGCAAAGCAGGGGAAAUUUUAACCAUGAGAUUAAGACACUUGGCAUUUAAAGCCAUGUUAUAUCAGGAUAUUUCCUGGUUUGAUGAUAAGGAAAACAGCACAGGAGCCUUGACAACGAUAUUAGCCACAGAUAUAGGACAAAUUCAAGGAGCAAUAGGUUCAAGGAUUGGUGUCUUAACACAAAAUGCAACUAACAUGGGACUGUCAGUUAUCAUUUCCUUCAUCUAUGGAUGGGAGAUGACACUCUUGAUUCUGAGUAUUGCUCCAGUACUUGCUCUGACAGGAAUGAUUGAAACCGCAUCAAUGACUGGAUUUGCCAACAAGGACAAGCAAGAACUUAAGCGUGCUGGAAAGAUAGCAACCGAAGCUGUGGAGAAUAUACGUACUAUAGUGUCAUUAACAAGAGAAAAGGCUUUUGAGCAAACGUAUGAGGAGACUCUUCAGACUCAGCACAGAAAUACCUUGAAGAAAGCACAGAUCAUUGGAAGCUGUUAUGCAUUCAGCCACGCCUUUGUAUAUUUUGCCUAUGCAGUGGGGUUUCGGUUUGGAGUCUAUUUAAUUCAAGCUGGACGAAUGACCCCGGAGGGCAUGUUCAUAGUUUUUACCGCAAUUGCAUACGGAGCUAUGGCCAUUGGAGAAACACUUGCUUUGGCACCUGAAUAUUCGAGAGCCAAAUCGGGGGCUGCACAUCUGUUUGCUUUGCUGGAAAAGAAACCAACUAUAGACAGCAAUAGUCAAGAAGGGAAAAAACCAGACACAUGUGAAGGGAAUAUCGAGUUUCGAGAAGUCUCUUUCUUCUAUCCAUGUCGCCCAGAUGUUCUCAUCCUUCGCGGCUUAUCCCUCAGUCUUGAGAAAGGGAAGACUGUGGCAUUUGUUGGGAGCAGUGGCUGUGGCAAGAGCACGUCUGUCCAGCUUCUGCAGAGAUUUUACGACCCCAUGAAAGGACAACUGCUGUUUGAUGGUGUGGAUGCAAAGGAGUUGAACGUACAAUGGCUCCGUUCCCAAAUAGCAAUCGUUUCUCAAGAGCCUGUGCUCUUCAACUGUAGCAUUGCUGAGAACAUCGCCUAUGGUGAUAACAGCCGUGUUGUGCCAUUAGAUGAGAUAAAAGAAGUAGCAAAUGCAGCAAAUAUCCACUCCUUUAUUGAAGGUCUCCCUGAGGUUUAUAGCUCACAAGUUGGUAUUUCCUUACGGGCUUUAAGCAAUGAAAGCUAG